AUGGGAAGGUUGGGGGUGCUGGUCAGAGAUCUAGAGUGGAUAAAUAGGUCUCCUCUUGGAAUGCUCAAAGUUAAUAUAGAUGGUUCUUACUAUGCUGCAACACGAAAUGGUGGUUUAGGUUUUGUUAUUCGUGACUUUGUUGGUACCAUGUUAGCGGGAGGAGCUACUCCACUUCAGAAUCUGCUAUCUGCUGAACAUGCAGAAGCAUUGGCAUGCCAUGCUGCGGUGAAAUUUGUCUUACAUCACAACAUGAUGCCGGUGCUCCUUGAGACAGACUCUUUGUUGGUGCAAAGGCAAGUUUCUGCUCAAACUACUUCGAAUACUUCUGUGUUGGGAAGAUUAUAUGAUGAUAUUGGGGAGAUGAUGGAUUUGUUUCCAAACGUCAGGAUUAAUCAUACGAGGAGGGGUGCUAAUUUGGUUGCUCACCUUCUUGCUGAUCAUGCCAAGUCUCUACAGCAAGAGACUUUUUUCUUUUCUGCACUUACUUUUUUACAAGCUGCUAUAGCAUCUAAUUCUAAUUUUGUGUAA